AUGGUGCCCUGUACCCGGCGCCCCAUUGCCCAGUGGCCAAUGCUCUGUUUUGUGAAUAGUUGUCACUCCACUCCGGCAUUUCCAGCUCAGAAUUCCGCCUGCGGCUUUGAACUUGGUUGUGAUAACCCAGAACAGGACAGCGAGUUCUACAACUUUAUGCCCCCGCCGCUGGAGGAUAAAGUGAGGAACACUUUCACCGUGUGCUCCCAUAGAACCAUGAGGUGUAGCUGA